UCUGGACUGUGUGGAUGGAAGAGGAAACUAGCAGUUUGGAUCAAGUACUUAAUUUUAAGCAAGUAAAAACGUCAUACGUAUGAUGUUGCUUGCGCAACAUGCCGCAGCCAUCUUUUUGAAAUCGCGAUGAUUUUCUCCUAGCACAACGCUCAUUCUGGUCCCGCACGAAACGGCUAUGAGCGCUUCUAUGGUCGAAUCCGUUGCGCUUGAUGUGCAAUAUUGCGGACCGGCUGGCGCACUAUCUAGCGAUGUUCGGUCCGGUAAUCAUAGUCGGAUCUGUGGCCCUCGAGAACUGACUACGCAUUGGCAGCGAAGGUCCGUUUUUGAUAACAUUACAGAAAAUCUGGACUUGGGGGGACGCGAGACACUCGUGUUUUGCAAUCGAGAUGUGGUAGAAGGUGAAGGUCCUAGUACAAGUGAAGAAAAAUCAUGGAAUGCGCUACUAAUUCGGAGUUUGAGCAGAUCGCUCUUUGAUACAGGACGGGGAGGCAGAAAACGUAUACGUAAGCGACGACGGACCGAUCAGAAUCCAGAUGAAGAUGACGGCUCUCCUAAGGGAGAUUGCGACAUGGAAUCUUCGGAUAGUGCGUCUUCUGACACUGAUGAGGAGCUAUUUCUUUCCAGAACUGCCCUUGAAACUUGUGAGUCCACUAGACCGUCUAGAACAAGACCACGUGGUGACUGGUAUAAUCGUAGAACACGACGUCGUGUCGAAGUCUCGUGCCAAGGUCUCGUGUUGGGUGAGAGCGCCGCUGAUUUGCGUGACAUCUGCGAGACUAAAUUUCCGAAUGCAGACGUCGACGAAACAGCCCUUUUCAAGGGAAAAGUGUGCCCACGACGCCGCCUCGGCGUGACCUGUGUACGGGAACUAGAACGUGUCUGCGUGUCGCUUCUGCGGUCAGCCACUUCCGGUCCUUGUACUACGUCGCAAGAGAAGGGUAAAGGAAAGAAGGCUCAGACAAACAGGGCGGCGGGGUCAGCAAGGCAAGUUUCUUCCAAGACAAACAGUUCAUUGUCUUCAACACCACCUGUCGCUAUUGCUCUGCGAUUUCACUGCACGACGGACAUCAAGAUUGCGCCAUCACUGCUAGCAUCUGCGAGUGUUGCGGAUGAAGAUCUUGUGGACGAUAAUGAUUACGGCGGUUCUGCCGAUCAGUUUCAAGUGGGUCGCGUUUCACAAACAGGAGUGCUGACGUGCUUGUUCGUGGACUACACGAGUUUCACAGCAGCUCCGUACAAGGGCAGCGGUGGAGUGGAGCCCGCGUUGCAGGCAUUGCUUACUGCAAUAGCCAGCGGGGAUGAGAUAUCUGCAAAUUUGAAACGGCGGACCGAACUCAACCACUACCUUGUCGAAACGUUACAGCUGACGAACGAGCGGAGUCCAUUUCCAAAAUUUUGUCACAUUGCGGCACGAUCUCUAGAGCAGGAGCCGCUUUCGGCUCGAGGUCACGGAACGCAGCCAAAAGGGCAAAAAGAUGAACAGAGGACGCUUGGGACCGGUCGAUCGCGGUUGAAACAACCACAGAUAGGUGCAAAGGGCGUCAGACUUGAUCCACACCAGUUUCAUCCGGAGAUAGAAGCCCAGAAAGCGAAUGCUGAAGCUAUCGAUGUGGGUAUGUUUCAAGACUACGAGGAAGAUGAAGAUCGUAGUCGUGGUCCUGCACUUGAAGAACAGGAUUUUGACGACGAAGACGAUCCGCUUCAUCAGGGGGCGCCAGAGUUGAACCUCUCUCGUUAUGGCAGCUCGCAGAACUGGCGACCAGCGGCGGACAGCGAAGAGCUAAUUGUCGAACCGAGUUCCGCGCAACGCAGCAGUCGGUCUUAUGGGAUGGAAAUCGAGACGCUGGAGAAUGGUCAGCAAAUGCUUGAAGGUAGCCACCACGCUUCUGCAUCCCCUCUGGAGCAUCUGCUCUUAUCAGAUGAGUUUUUCUUCGACGAGUUUUCUCGGAGCUCUUCCGCGCACGCGAGCAGAGCCAAUCUCGAGAGCAUCAUCGAAGAAGAGGACGAAUGCGUCUUAGACCAUCAAAUCGGUUUUGGAGGAGGGUUUCGUUCGAUUCCUCAUGAUGAAGAUCCGGAAGCAGAACCUGGAGAAGGUGAUCUUUUUCCCCCUGCUGGGAGAGACAGAGAACAGGACGUCGAGGAAGAUCCAAGGCUGAGAAGGUUUCCGGGCAGGCCAAUGGGAAGCCGAAGUAGUCCGGCUUCCAGCUGCUUUUCACCUAGUGUGUUCCCGACACGUGAAGGCGGGCGAGCCAUGUUCAUUGAAGGCGAGCAUGCAGCUGCGGCGUCUUGCGUCGGAGGAUCUCUUGAAGAGGAAGAUAAUGCUGGGUUUCUUCAACACGAUGACUUGGAAAUGCAAGUAGACGCAAACCAGGACAGCACCAGCCGACAUUCAGGUAGACCAGGUAAUCUUCAGUGGAAUCAGGUGCCGAGAGAAAUGACUAAAAGACCGAUGCUGAAAAAACGCAAUGUGUUCACAGGCCGAGGUCGAGCAGAUGGGGCUUCGCAACAUCCGCAUGAAGAUCGAAUACUUCAAACACUUCUGCGCGUGGGGAGAAUAGCACGUGUUUUAGGGUCAUCUUCCCGGAGGCACAGCAUCCGAUUCGUGUUUCUUGCCAGCUCGGUUGAUCACGGAAACGCAGACUUCGGCCUACCAGGUGCUAUAUCUGCUCGCGCCUUGCUGAGCACCCAUGGUGGAGCUAGCAGCCACAGCGCUCGAUCUCUUUCGAACUCGCGAGAAACGACGCCAUCAAGCACAGGGCGCAGGGGCACGCACCAUGUGUCAGGAAAGUCUGGACCAUAUUCGGCGCGGUCAGCUGCGGAUUACGGACGCCAACGUGCGUUUUUCCUUACUGCGGGUGCUUUUUUGCGGACAGUCAACCUCGAUCGCGAGCUGAAAGCACACAUCGAAAGGCAAUUCGUGGUAGAGGUCCCCUCUCAUGGUCGCAGUGACCUCUUGUUCGCUUUUGCCGAACCAGAAGCGGACGCGCAAUUGAAAACGGCUGCAGUUAUGCGACGGCUUGCAAAAAGCUCAAACUUACCUGAUCCCUUGAGAUUGGGGAGCUCACUGUCAACUGCCGUCGCUA